AUGUUACAAGUCUCACACAGCCCGGCUCCUACCUGUUCAGUUGACAGGUUCAGUGAACCGGUUUUACGAGCUUCUUUCAAUAAGGAUUCUGACUAUCAACCAGUGGAGAGAAGAAACCACUCCACAGUAAAGGUAGGAGACUACCUAUAUAUGUGGGGUGGGUACGGGUCUGGAGUAGACUAUGAUGUGAUGGAGGUGUAUCACUUACCAACUGGUGCUUGGGACCAGAAACCUACUACUGGUACCCCACCAACAGGUACCUAUGGGUAUACAUCAGUGGCUAUUGGGAAGGACAUAUAUUAUUUUGGUGGAUCUGGUGUUGGUGCUUAUCAAAACAGCUUACAUUGUUUCAAUGUGGAUUCAUUGAAGUGGAGGGAACUCUCUCCUUCUAGUUCUGAUAGCAGUCCAGUGACGAAGUCCUGCUGUGGAAUAGCAUCAGCUCAUUUUGAUGGUGAAGACUAUCUUUUAAUAAUUGGAGGAGUUGGCUCAUCUUCUAUCAUUACUCCGAAGCAACCUGAUGCUCAGUAUUCAGCUGAUGGUAGAUCUGAGGGAGGAGAGUUUAAAGCUGAUAGUUGGUAUGGAUCCAUUCAACGUAAAGAGUUUUGUUUAGUAGCUAUUGUUGGAGAGAAAUUUCUAUCAGAGUCAUCAACUAAUGGAGACGAGUCAGAGGAAGAGGAGCAAGAGGAACAAGCAGAAGAGGAAACUGAGGAGGAAGUAGAAGAUGGUAAUAGUGAUUCAUCCAGUGAUUCUGAUAAGACUAAAGAUCCACCAGGAGGUAGGAGUGGAGGACAAGGAGAGUCUACUAGUAAUGAGGGAGUAGAGGAAGAGGGGGAGACUGGAGGUGAGCCAUUACAUGAGGAAGGAAAUGAAGAGCAAGAUAAUGAAAGAGUAGAAGAGUCAAAGGAUCAUGAAGAACCACAGCAUGAAGAAGCAACUGCUCCAAUACCUUGUACUGAGAUUAGUUCAAACUUUGAUAGUAAAGUAGUAGUUUCCACUGGUAUAGUAGAGAAUUUGGCUUAUGCUGGACUGGUUUAUUAUGAAGAGAAAAGAGCUGAAGACUUAGCGACUUUUACUGCUGCUAAAGAUCUUAAUGCACUGCUUGAG